CCCGUCUUAGAUAUUCCUCAGCACCACCACUCUUUCUCUGUCGGCACACUGAACCAUGAUUCUGAGAUUAUCGUCAUUGUCACACAGGCCUUGAAGCCUUUACGGAUAUCAAUUCGACAUAAUUUAGUUGCAGCAUGGCGUCGUUACGCAAGCUGCUUCUGCUUCCGCUCCUACUACUAUCAUGUGUGGUACAUGCUGAGCUCCCAGCUCCGCAAGAUGACGUGCAAGAAGCUACCGAGAUCUUACGAAGCAUCGUGCCGUCACCUCGAAGCCAGGUCACAACGAAGCAGACAGGCAUCACAUAUUACGCGAAAGAGCUCUUCUCACAGCUCUUUCUCCUCCGGCCUCCUACAACUUCUGCAUCACCAGAUGAUGCUCGAACUCAAAACGAGCCCCUCAAUCACGCGCUACAACUGUUGGAACGCGCGGCAAAACAGGACAACGCAGAUGCACUCCUCCUUCUAGCCGAGCUCAAUUUUCAUGGCAACUACACUCAUCCGCGCAACUUCUCUGCCGCUUUCACGUACUACGAGCGCCUUGCCUCUCUUACGGGCAAUGCGUCUGCGCAGCACAUGCUUGGCUUCAUGUACGCCACAGGCAUCGGUGGGGCUGUCGAACCUGACCAGGCGAAAGCGUUGCUUUAUUACACCUUUGCUGCCGAAGGCGGGGACAUACGUGCCGAGAUGGCUGUUGCAUACCGACACCAUGCCGGGAUCUCCACGCCGCGUAACUGCGACGAAGCCGUGCAUUACUACAAGUCCGUUGCGGAUAAGGCCAUUGCAUACCUCCGCACGGGACCUCCUGGCAACCAUAUGGUGAUCAAGGAUUCAUAUCGGCUGGCAGAUGAUCACGGCGGUGUAUAUGGUGAGGGUGCGUCUGUCUCUAGCGCUGGUGUGAACGCAAAGUAUGGGCCGGCCCACUCGGAUGCUCACGCAAGCUUUGAGGAUGUGCUUGAGUACAUGGACUUCAUGUCGCGCAAGGGCGACCUCAAGGCAACUUUCACAAUUGGUAAACUCCACUACGAUGGUUCCAGGGGAAUGAAGCGCGAUCUGCGAUUGGCGAGGCACUAUUUCCUCGAAGUCGCGCGUGCAGUCUGGCCGAAGAAAGGCCCGCGCAAACAGGACGUGUCCGCGUCAACAGAGAAGUUGGCUGCCAAGGCUGCUGGCUUCUUGGGACGCAUGUUUCUCCGUGGCGAAGGGGUGAAGCAAGACUUCGCGCUUGCACAAGUCUGGUUCACUCGCGGUCUGUCAGCCGGCGACGCGCUUUCUCAGUAUUCUAUGGGCAUCAUGUAUCUGUACGGGUAUGGCGUCCCACAGGACACGUAUCGCGCAGCUGAGUAUUUCCUCCCCGCCGCAGAUCAGGAUCUCGCCUCGGCGCAAGUGCGGUUGGGCGUGCUAUUUCUAGACCAGGGCGACACGCUUACUGCUCUGCAAUACUUCGACCAUGCGCAGCGCAAUGGUCAUGUCGAGGCGUACUACUAUCUGGCCGAGCUAUCGUAUGCGGGCAUCGGCCGCGACCAGUCGUGCCCCGUCGCCGCGGCAUAUUACAAGAUCGCCGCGGAGAAAGUGGAGAUGAUUCUAGCGCCUUUUAGGGAAGCCAACGAAGCCUACGCUGCAGGAGAUCUGGAGACGGCACUGGUAGACUACCUCCUCGCGGCAGAGCAGGGCUUUGAAGCUGCACAGCAAAAUGUGGCGUGGAUCCUUGACCGCGCGCUCCCGCGACGAUUCGCGCUGGGAAGCGCUCCCUCAUCCUCUUCAUCAGCUUCUGCCUUGUCAACUCACUUCGGUGCCGUGAAGCCCUCUCCCUUUUUGGCACUUUUGCACUGGUCUCGCUCCGCUGCGCAGCGCAACAUAGACUCGCUACUCAAGACAGGGGACUACUACCUUUACGGUCUUGGAACAAAUCCAUCACCCGAACAUGCUGCUUCGUGUUAUCAGGCUGCUGCGGAGACGAUGAUGUCUGCGCAGGCAUACUGGAACCUGGGCUGGAUGCACGAAAAUGGCGUGGGCAUGGGACAGGACUUCCACCUAGCGAAGAGGUUUUACGAUCUGGCACUUGAGACGAACAAGGAAGCAUAUCUGCCCGUUAAACUUGCACUCGGGAAGUUGAGGAUACGAAGUGGAUGGAACAGAUGGUUUGGUGGGGAUGGUGGAAUACGAAGCAUCGAAGAUGAAAAGCUUCCUAAGAAGACAUGGUCGGAGUGGCUGCACGCUUUCCUAGAGGCGGACGCGGCACUUGCACGUGAUUAUGACUACGAAGCCACCGAUCCGACUGGUCUGCUUGAUGAUCGGGACGACUGGUACGGAUCUGGCGGUCACGCUGGCGGCGACCCCGGCGGUGACUAUGAUGACUUGGACUUCGAGGAUGGGCUCCUAGAGUCACUUCUCAUCGUCGGAGCUGCAGCACUGCUGAUGAUGCUGAUAGUCUACAGACGAAGGAGGCAAGAGGAAAGAGAGAGGGCGCAGCUGGGCUUACCACCUAGGGACGGACAACAGCUGGACGGUGAUGGAGCGAGGGGGCUGUUCCCUGCACCAGGAGAGCCAGAGUUCGCGGGAUGGGUUGCAGGCGGGGUUGGACAUUGACAUGAAGGAGAUGAGAAAGGGAAUUUAUGUAUAUAUUUGUCAACGACAGGAUGGGAUGAUGUAAAUCAAAGCACGUUUGUCACCGAAGAUUCGACUGUUUUUGACGAUGAAAGUCAGCCGACCGGGACAGUCACGUGCAUCUAUAGUUGAAUGACUGAAGGAGUAGCAUAGGAAAGCGG